CUUCUAUAGUCGCUCAGCCGCUAUUGCCUGAUGUUAUGUUGUUGAAUUUGCUGUUCUAUUUUACAGUAUACGAUUUUGUUAUAAAAAUUUUACUUCAUCAUUAGAUUAGACAUAAUUUGUUCGAGAAGCCAAUAAACUAUGCUGUACGUGUGUCGAUGAUUAUUGCCUUCUUAUAAUUUGGUGAACUGUGAUAUCCGCUAUCGGUUUUCCGGCACUUCUAUUUGCACACCGAUGUGAAUCCACUUUCUGGAAAAUUCAGAAAAUAUCAAUAUUCGUUGUUGACGAAAUACCUUCCUAGUUUUGUACACGAAAAUAUUUUCCAUAAUGAACAUAACCAGAGCAACGAAAACUGGUCUGCGACCCUUUAAAAGUAAGUGGCAGAAUUAUUUAAUUUUUUUUGUUCAUUUAAAAAAUAUUUACAAUCUGUGUUAAAAUAGCAAAUAAGCAAAUCAGAUAUCAAUUUAAUUUUUAACCGUGAAUAAUAGGAGGGAAGUUAUCCAGUGAUAAGCCCAGCGUUGUAUUAUUUUGGCUUAGUAAGUCUGCAAUAUUUUCUUUUAAGCUUGUAGGCAAAAUGUAUAGGUUGUGUAUUGAAAGAGAUUUGUGAUACUAAUGGGUUAGGUUUGGUUUCUUUUUUGAUUCAUCAUGACCGAAUUGUUUUUACUUUUCUGCCAAUGCUAUUGUGCUAUUCGGCGCAUUCCCAUAUUGCAUUUACAAUAAUUAUACUACAUAAUUCAAUGGUUUUACACCCAGCCAUUUGUUCAAGGUCGGUUAGACGGUUAUGAAAGCAUCCAUUUCCAUGUUCCCCUCCUGACUAUAUAAUAGUAUUGCGGCCUUUAUUUAUUAUUAUAGUGUUUAUCCCUCAUAUAAUAAUAUCUAAAUCCAAUGUAUUUUUUAAUCAAGUUGCUCUUGAAUAAAUUUAAAAUUUUCAUACUGUGUUCCUACUUAUGAUAGAACAUCAGCUAUAAAAAAAAAAAAAAAAACAUGCAUUGAUUGUCAAUUACAUGUAAAAAAAACAAUGAUCUCGUUUUCAUAGGUAAUCUUCGCCUUUAAUUAAUUUAUGUUUUAGGUCUUUUAUAGAUAAAAUUCCUUAAUCAUGUAUUAUAGCAAAAUAAACAUAGGUAUCUACACAUUUAUUUUACUACCAACACCCAUACAUUUUAAUUUCACAAAUUUAAAAAUAUAUAUGUUUAAACUAUAACUUAACAAUUUCCUAUCUACCAAAAUUUAUUAUUAAUCAACUUUUGUUCUUGUCAAUAUUUUUCAUAUUUGAUAUAACCAAAUGAUUACUAACUACCAGUAAUUUAUUAAAAAACUAUAAACUGUUUUAAUGCUAAAUAUCUAGAUGUUUUUUUGCUAAUUUGUUACCUUCCAUAAUAAUAAUACACCUAUUAGUAAAUAUUAAAACUUGUAGAUUGUAUAAAUCAUAAACUCAAUCUUACAAUAACUCAUAAUUUUUAUUGAUUAACAUAUCAUUAGUAUUUUUCUUAUCUAUAUAGGAUUAUAAUGUAUAACCUUGAAUUUGUGAGAUAUAUUAUUAUAUUACUUAAUAUUUAGUAUUACUCUUAAUCUAUUAAGUUUAACCUAAUCUAUUUGGGCACCCCUACAUUUAGUUAACAUAGUAUUAUUAUAUGUCAUAUUUAUAAAUAUGUAACUCAAGUGAUUAAUGCUUUCCAGAAAAAAAAAAUGCAUUCUUAAUUCGUAUUGAUUAAUUUUUAAAAUAAUGAUUUUCCAUACUCAGUAUGCUCCCAGAAAUAAUUUUUUCUUUUAAAUUAGGUAUAAUUUUAUGCUAAAAUAUUUUUAUGAUAAUCAAAAUAAAUUAUUUGUCAUGGUAAUUAUUGUAAUUUUAAUUCAAAUAUAGGUAGGCACUUACAUCUAAUCCCUUUUUAUUAUUAGUUCAAGGUCAGUAUAGGUCAUUAAAAUCAUUAUUAUUAUUUAUGAAUCAUUCUUAUAAAUAUUGUUUUAUAAUCUAUAUAAUAUGAAAAAUAAAAUUGUACACUUAUGUGGAUUGAAUAAUUUUAACGUGGCCUGAGAAUAAGAACACAUUAUUAUAAUAACUAAAUUCAUGACUGUCCAGAUUUUAUAAGUAGCAAUAUUCAUAGUAAAAAUAUAGGUACCUCAAAAUAAGUUUGACAUAUUAUAAAAUAACUACAAUAUUUAUAUGACUGUUGCCUCUUUUUAAAAUAAUAACAAUUUAUAAGACCCAGCUAAUUUUUUAUUAUUCACCCUCAGAUAUAAUAAUAUAGGCAUAUAAAAAGAAGCGUAUAAAACAUACAUGUCUAUACUAGGUAAUAUGUAAAGCUGAAGAAUUUGUAUUUUUAAAGGGCUAAUCUCAGAAACCACCUGUUCGAUUUGACCUAUUUUUUUUUUUUUGCAUUUGCCAGUUUAUUGAAAAUAAUUAUCAGUUGCUUAAAAAAAAUCCACCCCCAAGGAGGAGAUGGGAGCACAAUUAUAUAAAGAGAAAAUAAUUGUUUGUAAAAAUCUUGUUCUUACGUUAUCUUGUGAUUGUCUUGUAGUUAUAGACCACUACUAUUUUUUUUUUUUUUUUACAUUUAAAAUAUGUAUGUUGAACAUAAUAAAAAAUAAUGUAUAUCAUUAUUUUGUAACUCACUCACACCAAGACAGCAGAUCGGAUUUGGAUAAGUUUUGGCACACAGUUAGAAUAUAUUUUAAAUAAACACAGGAUACUUUUCAUCCUGAAAUUCAGCCCCUAAAGAGUAGUUAGUACAGGGUUUUUCGUAAUGUUGUAACAAAAUCUGAAUAAAUUAUUGUUGAUAUAUGAGAUACGUAAUUUAGUGACACUGAUUGAAAAAAAAUCAGUUAGUUCUUAUUAGUUAAUUUGAUUAUCACUCUUUUCAGAAGUCCUCUUUAAAAAAUAUAAAUUACUUAACUGUAAUAGAUACGAGGAGACUCAUUUUUUUUUUUCAUUCUGUAUAAUGGAACAAAUCGACCCAAGCAAAUUUUUCAAUUUUUUUUUUUUCAUAUUGUGUGUUUUUGCUGGAACAUUCAGAAUUUAAAAAUAAAAAUUCGGACCAACUUCGGUUGGAAGCUAUGGGAGAAAACUUCAUGAAAUUCGUGUCUAACGUUUCGCAUAUUUCUUAGUGAAUUUAACAUUUUCAAUGUAUGUGCAACAAGUGAUUGGUUAACUGCAGUGAUAGGGACGAAAAUGGAACCAGGGAGUCACAGGGAAAAAUAUUUUUAUUUUCUAUUACAUUUUCGUUCAAUAUUGACACGGGCGCGGGACAUCCAAAAUGUCAUAAAUGAGGCAUAAAAUGUUUACUUUUUUUAAUAUUUGAUAUUUAAUUCAGAUAAAAUUUACUAGGUAAUCAAUAUUUAUGUCUCAAGCAACUUUUUUUUUUUUUAAUAAAGAUCAGUUUAUGUACUUGUAUUUUUCUUACUGUUAAACCGAAAAUGAAAAUAAUGAAUAUGUAUAAAGAAAAAAAAAAAUAGCGAUACUGGAAACGGGUGUAGCCACUGUUGUAGGUGGGUAGUGGAAAAGGUAGAACACGUAAAGUUAUUUAAUGUAUACCUGUAACCAACGUUAAACCAUAGAUAACAAAAAACGAUUCGGAGCGAAGUUUGCUUACAUAUGUUUUUCAAGGCAGUAAUAUUUACGAUUUUCGUAAAUUUAUAACUCGUAUAAGUUAUAAUGAACCUCCUAUCAAAUUUCCAAGCAUUUCUGUUAAUUCUAACAGUUUAUCUACAGAGUACCUACUAAAUAAAAAUUACGUACAAAUCUCGCAAAAUUUAAAUGUCUAUAAAUAUCUUAAAAAUAUAUAAAUUCAUAAAUAUUAGUAAAGUGAAUACUGUUUAGGUAAUAAUUCAAUGACAUCGCCUUUUUUGACAGGAAAUAGUGUGGAUAAUAAAAAUCCCGAAAAAGUGUAGUGACGGUGAAAUAUCGAUGGCAAAAUAUUAAUAAAUACUUAUUCAUAAAUAAUGUAUUGUAAUAAUGAUAUUAUAUUUUAAGAAAAAUGCGCGAUAAUAAUUAUCGCGCAUUUUUGGUGAUCGGUAAGUUAAUAGUGAUAGUGAGUGAUAAUGUUGGUAGAACGACUGGUACAAAUUAUUUCGCGCAAUCAAAAAGGAACGUGUCGUGUUCACUACACACGAAACGAAACGACACGGCGGGUUGACGACUCCCCUUUAGCCUGUAGACUUAUAGCUUAGUUUAUGGGUCUGUGGAUAAAAUAUGGUUUCGGCAUGUCAGUGGGUAAUGUGGUAUCAUCACAAUCUACUUAUCUUAAGAUAGCAUUUUGAAUCGAGGUUGUACCUAAUCGCGAGCCGAUCCAAUCAGGUGACGUCAUCGUUUGUAUGGAGUAGAGAUUAUCAGUUAUCACCUUUAUACCUUGGAGACUUAUCACUUAAAACUGUCUGGUGCGACGAACUGCGCGCGGAAUUUUAAUUUCGCACCAUUACUCUACCCCCGCCCAUAACUUAAAAGUGAAAUAUCUCAUUAGCCGGUGGACGGAAAUCGAAAAUUCCAAUACCAAAAUUUAUUUUAAACAAUACUCUAACUAUUUAAGGCGUUUUCAAAAUAGGUUGUCUUUUGAAAAUCAAAAGAUGGUAGUCGUUUCACUCCCCCCUCCCAAAAAAAAGAGGGGAGUACAAAAAAAAUGAUUGCGUAACAUUUUAGAACUAUUUGUUUCUUAAGUUUAAAAAAAAAAAUGUCGAAAAAAGUAAACACUUUCCGAAAUAAUGAGUGUUUCCAGUUGAGUGAAUCACUCUGUGGAAAACAUAAGCUUUUAAAGUAAUUAAAUCGUAACGUCGUGAAUUUGUCAGUUUUUUCCGGUUUUUCCUAAUUAUUAAGAAAUUUCAGACAAAAUUAAAAAACGAAUAACAUACUCUGAACUAGAUUUAAAAUUCAACACAAAAGGUAUCGUGUCGUUUAUCUACUGGAGCAAUAUUUGUGAUAGAAAACUUGGCCGUUAAAAUUUUAAAUAACGGAAUCGUGCCGUAAUUUAUAAAAAAAAAAAAAUCGUAUACAGUGAAACCUGUUUUAGCGGACUCUUUCUAUCACGGACACGGACAGUAAUAUUUUCUCGCCAAUACCUCGAUAACGGGCAACUAUCUCAGUUCAAAAUCAAAUAUACUGAAAAUGUGUACCGUGUACAUACGUACCACAGGACAUCAUCGCCGGUCUAUUUCGCAUACCGAUUAUGACAGAUUACAUGUUUAUCAAAUAAGUGAUACAGUUAAUUGCGAGGACGAAAAUAACCAAAAAAACCGUAAAGCGUUUAUUCCGUAUCGUUUCUUGUUGUACAUUUUUCUCCGUUCGUUUUAGUUUUUUCUUUGAAAUGCCACCACCCAUACAUGUCUAUUACGGACAUUUUUUAUGGUCCCGUAACUGUCCGUUACACACAGGUUUCACUGUAUUUGGUCCUUUUUGAUUGUUCCCAAUUAUUAUGAAAAAUACUUAAGAUAUUAAAAAACAACUUUUUCUAUCGGUGGCUAUGUCAGUGUUAAUAGUAACAAAAUCGAUCUCUUGUCAUUUUUCGAUUGGAGUUUUAAUAUUUCUAGUGGAAAACAUUGUGUGAACAUAAUGAAAACGGUAACGUCAGUGCGUCGCAAAUAUUUGCCGUUUUACCUAUAAUUUUCUUUUGGGUUUUUUCUAAUUGUUUUAAAACCUCUUGGGAAAUCAAAAAAUAAACUUCCCAAUGCACCAACGAAAGAAAAUUACCGUUCGGAAAAGGUGCUAUAACGUAUACUUCAGAGCAAGUUAUCUGAUAGAAAAGUUGUUUACAAACACAUAAAAUAAAAAUAAAGUUACACACACAUAAUAAUGUAAAUAGUUGCUUUUCUUUAUUCAAUAUAAUAUAUAUAUUUUUUUUUUUUUUAUUUUAGAUUCUUACAGAAUUUACAACAAAAAUGUUGGUGCUAUUUGUUUUAACGCACAGGCCUGUGCAUUUCCAAACAAUUUCUUCUAUUCCAAUAUUGCAUCUGCUCGACUGCAUCCAAUAUCUCAUACUACAACAAAAUUAGAAUUUUUUAACCCUCAAAUUCGACAUAUAACAUGUACAUCAUCACUAUUAUCGGACAAACCUUCCUCCAAAGUUGAAGAAACUGUAAAUGCCGUCAAAGAAAAGGCUCAAAAAGAAGCGGAAGGAAAGGAAAUUGCAGCUGUGAAACCGAAAAAGUCAAUUAAACAAAAAGUUAUAGAUGAAGUGAUGCACUAUUAUCACGGUUUUAAACUUUUGGGACUUAAUGCCAAAAUUUCCUUCAAAUUGGCUAUUAAGAAAAUGAAAGGACAAGAAUUGACAAGAAGAGAACAUAAUCUAGUAAGUUACUUUAAAAACUUUACUUGACCAUAAAAUGUUUUAAACAAAAUAUUAAUUUAAGUAUUAUAAAUUUUAAUCUAAAAUUGUAUAAUAUGCCUUUAAAAAAAUAUUAAACCAUUACAUUAAAUCAAAUAAAAAAUUUAAAUUCAUUGCGAAUUGUAGAAUGAUUGUGUUUAUCAGUUUAAAAAAAAAUGGUAUGGAUAAAUUAAAUUGACAAUGAGUUAUUCCUAUUCUUGUAAAAUCUUUUUGCCCUUUUAAAAUAGCCAACUUCCUUUCCCCUCAAUGGAUAUUGGGCAAUAGACAAGUGAAUAAAACUUGUCAUUAAAAUGGUCAAUAAAAUUUUACAAAAUUGACAAAAAAAAAAGGAAAAUCAAAACUUCAGACUCAUAUAGUUUAUCUCAUGUAUAUUUUGGAAUGGCUACUAUAACCAUCCGGAUAAACACCCAGCCAUCUUUGUUUAAUUUUUGUUGUUUCCCAUCUAAACAGGCUUCCACAUUCUUCUUUACCACAUCUUCGCAGCUCAAACAAGAUCUUCCCUACUGGAUCCUUUUCAAAAAAGAAAAAAUAUAAAAUAAAAUUGUUUUAAUUAAUAUAAAAAGUAUGAAACCAUUAAAAAUUAUAUAGAAUGAAUUAAUUAUGAUAGUAACAUUACUAUGUAGUUACAGCUUUUACCAUUAAAAUGUGCAAGGGAAUUAUAAUAUAUAUUUUAGUAUUCUAUACAAAUCUAAAAAUUUACAAUUUCAAAACUUAAACAAAUCUGAAAUUUAGGUACACUAAAUUUUAAUCAGUCCCUAAGUGUUGAUCAACAUUUGGCCUUUCUACUGUAGUAUGUAAAAUUAUACAAAAGCAAUUAAAUCUCCGCGGUUAUGCAUUUUGCAACUUUUAUCCCUAAUUACUAACAUAAUUUGUGAUAUCAUUAUGAAGCCAAUAUCUAAGUUAUUUUUAAACUGGUUUAUGUAUGUAAAUUAGUCUGAUCAUAGUAGGUCAUUGAUAGAUCUCUAUUAGAUUUAUACCAGUAAUACUAUCCAAUAUUCAUGUCAGGGUCAUUUGUUUGAAUGUCAAAUUUUGUUGGCCAUCAAAACAGCCAUUCACCUUAUCUUAUACUAUGUAAUAUAUGUGUGUUGUAUUGUAUAAUAUACAAAUAAGUAAAGAUUUAUGAUUUUUGUGCUUAUGUAAAUUUAAUAAAUAUUUUGAUUUUAAUAUUGGCCCACUAAUAGACACACCACAGAUAAUUAACAUUUAACAAUGUUUUUAUCUUAAGUGUUUGAAAUGUUUUUUGGAACUAUUAAUUUUCUUUCAAAUAACAAAAUAUUAUCUAUUUUUCAUCAAACCAAAACAAAUAAUUAAUUAUGAAUUUGUAUGCACACAAAAAUCAUAAAUUCUAGGUUACCUAAGCAUACACCAAAAUUAUUUAAUUUUUUAUUACCUAUUUGUUAAUCUUAUUGUUUGAUAUUUCAGUUUGUUGAGACAGUAGCCGAUCUUUUCCGAUUAUUGCCUUUCUCUGUGUUUGUUAUUGUACCAUUCCUCGAAUUUACAUUACCUAUUUUCAUCAAGAUCUUCCCUGGUAUGUUACCAACUACUUUUCAAACAAAAGAUGAUAAAGUAAGUUCUAUUUAUUUUGUGUAUAUUAUUACAUUUAAUUUACAUAUUAUAUGUAUCUAUAUUAAAUUAUUUUAGGAAGCAAAACUCAAACAAUCUCUGAAAGUGAAACUUGAAAUGGCAAAAUUUCUUCAAGAAACACUAGACAAUAUGUCUGUAUCUGGUAAAGGACAUACUUGUGAAUCAGCCAAAGAGUUUUCAGACUUUUUUACCAAUGUAUAUAUUUAAUUGUAUUAAUAUUUGUCCUUUAUAUUUUAAUAAUGGUACUUUUUUAGGUAAGACAAGAAGGUGUUGUUAUAUCAGCUGAUCAAAUACUUAAAUUUUCAAAGCUGUUUAAAGAUGAAAUUACACUUGACUCACUUCCCCGGCCUCAAUUAGUUGCCCUUUGUCGAGUACUUGAACUUCGACCUCUCGGCACUUCAAACUUUUUAAGAUUUCAACUCACACUUAAACUUCGUUCUUUAGCAAUUGACGAUAAAGUACAUUUGGUUUAUUUUUAAAUUACAUUAUUUGAUUAUUAAUUCCCUUCUAAUAUACAGAUGAUUCAAAAAGAAGGUGUGGAUACAUUAACUCUAAGUGAACUUCAGCAAGCGUGUAAAUCCCGUGGAAUGCGUGCAUAUGGUCUCACUGAAAAACGUCUACGACAACAACUUACUCAAUGGCUUGACCUGUCAUUAAAUGAAAAAGUCCCUCCUUCAUUACUUCUCCUUUCUAGAGCAUUUAGCUUUACAGAAAAUAUCCCUACUAGUGAUUUACUCAAGAAAGCUAUUUCUGCAUUGCCUGAUUCCGUUGGAGUAUCGACUGAAGCAGAUUUGGGUGAACGUGAAGGUGCUAUAGAUAACAAGGCCAAAUUAGAAGCAAUUAAGGAAGAAGAACGGAAGGUGGCAGAAGAAAUAAAAGAAAAUUUGGAAGUAAAGAAAAAGGAACUAGAAGAUGCCAAAAAGAAACCCAAAGAGCAAGAAGAAUUAGUUGAUAAAGCACCAGUAUUAACUGACACAACUGGAAUAAUUAAAGAAGAGGUUAGUUAAGAGUUAAUUAUAUUUUAAAAUAAUAUUUUAACUCUAAUAAUUGUUUAUAGGAAAUGACAUCAACUGAUUUAAAAACACUAGAAAAUGCUAUUGAGAAUCUGAGUUCUGAACAAAGGAAACUUAUUGUCGAAAAAGAAGAAAUUAAAGAUUUGAAAGAUGAACUCAAAGACUACGAAGAAGUAAGUGAAAUGUGUUUUAUCUUGUGAUAUCCAAAAUGAGUUAGUUAUUUAUUAUAAUGUCACUAACUAUCAAAGCUGAGCACUAAAUGAUUUCAAAGUUUAUACUAAAUUGAAAAUUCAAGUCUUUACUUACAAUGUAAUUAUAAUAUUAUUGAUGUUUUUGUCUGACAUCUUUGUACUUCUAUUUCCUAAUCAUUAAUAUUUCUGCAUAAAACACAGUAUUUAGAAGAAACCAGUCUUACCUAUGUAUACAUUUUUAUUUUAAAAACAAAAAACCUAAAGCAAAAUUUUACAUUAAAUAUUAUAAAAUAUAAAAAUCUUAAUCCACAAAAUUGUUAUUCUCUAUGCAUUGUAGGAUAUUAAUGAUCUUCAAGAAGUUAUGAAAUCUGAAAAGAAAGAAAAGGUUAGAGAAUCCAAGGCGGCCAAACGUUUAUUCAAGAAAGUCAAUAAUAUGAUAACGAAUUUGGACCAGGUAGUAAAUAAAUUGGAAACCAAAGAAAAAGAAAUUAAAACUAGUAUUGCAACUAAAGAAUCAAGUGAUGAAACGACUACUGAAGCGAGGUAAAUAUAUAUUUCUUAUAGUACUGCAAGUUAAAAAUUAUAUUAAAUAUUUUUGUUUUGUUUUAUUGCAGUGAAUUAAUCAAAAUCGAUGAGUUAAUUGGUUCAGUACGAAAACUACAAAGUGUACCAGAUGAAGACAAGUUACAAAAAAUCAGUGAAAUUCUGAGUAAAAUCGAUGAAGAUGGUGAUGGUUCAAUAAGAUUAGAUACUGUAAUGAAAGUAAGUUGAAUAAAUUCAUAUUUUAUUGUUUAAAGGUUCUAUUCUUUACAUGUAUACUAUUUUAGGUGAUAGAGACGAUUGGUACUGAAAAUGUCAAAUUAUCUAAUAAAGAAAUGGAUAUGAUUACUCAAUUAGUUAUGAAAGAAGAAGAAAUGGAAAUUUUAGAAAAAAUGAAUAAAGUACAAAAAGAUGAAAUUGCUCAAGCAGCAACUACCAUCCCAAAAAUAUCAACAACAAAAGAAACAGCUUCAGUUAAAAUUAUAACGCCUAUUGUUGACUCAAAAAUAAUUUCUGAUGCAAAAAUUCCGCCAAUACCACCAACGAAUACAACCAAACCAGCUGAUAUAAAAAAACCAUAAGGCAAUAAUGCAAUUCAAUGCUUUCAUUUAUUUUAAAUUAUUUCAAUAAUUAAAUUUAAACGUAAAUUUCAAAAAUGUGAUACUGAAAUACAUUUCCACGACUUUGCCACUCUCAAUAUAGUUUUUACUUACUAUGUUUAGUCUAGGAAAAUGUGUUUAAUAUUAUACAAAUUUGUCUUCGUUGUGUUUGAUAUAUUUGUUUAAUAAUUUUAAUAUACUGUUAUUUGUUAAAACCAAAACUGUUGCUUUAAACUUCAACUAAAUUUUUUUGUUUUCACAUCUAUAUUCCAUUUGAAUUUAGCCCCUUUGCAAAUCUUUAUAGAAAAUGUACUAAAAUGGUAAAAUUAAAAACAUUUGACUGUGUUAUGCAAGACUGUUUUACGUAACAUAAUUAUUUAUUAUAUAUAAUUAUUUUUAUCAGUGAACAUAUUUAGUGAUUUAUUAUUUGUUUCACAAAACAAUCAAUUUCAAUGAACAAAUCCAAAUCAGCAAUUGUAAUAAUUAUUAUUAAUGAAAUCUAAAAUUAUUUAAUAGAUUCAAAUUGUACCCUACCCAAAAUCUUGACCUUUAACAACUCAUAAAAACCUUAUAUAAUUUAUAGUGUUGUUGAAAUUGUUCUAUAAUCAAAUGUGUGUACAUAAUAAAAUAUUUAUUGUGGUUCUUCUAUCAAUUAAACUGAGAUAAUUAGAAUAAGUCAACUAUUUCUUAAUUGAUCUAAGUGGUAUUUUUGUUAAACUGGAUAAAAAACAAAUCUAUAUAUUAUUAUUAAACAUCGAAAUACAUUUUUAAGUUUUAUUAUACUUGACCUCUUUGUUUAUUUAUUCAGAUGUGGAGUGAUAGAAGCUAUUACUGGAUUUAAAAUAUAAAAUGUAUUUUUUGUUUAAGUUAUUGUUACUAAAUAAAUAGACUGUGAUCACAUUAUUGUUGUAAUAUAAAUUUGCUAUGAAA